GAAUCGGUGGUGGAUCGGCUCGUGCCUACCCGAUCGGAGGUCUCUGCUACUAUAUGUCGCCACCGGAGAACUAGUCGCAUAUCGCAACCGAUCCGAUUCACGCCGUGCUUUACAUCGUCUUUAUGCUGGGCAGUUGUGCAUUCUUCUCCAAGAUGUGGAUCGACGUUUCCGGCAGUUCGGCCAAGGAUGUCGCCAAGCAGCUGAAGGAACAGCAGAUGAUUAUGCGUGGUCAUCGGGAGAAUUCGAUGAUCCACGAGUUGAAUCGGUACAUUCCGACGGCGGCUGCGUUUGGUGGGUUGUGUAUCGGAGCGUUGUCGGUGAUUGCGGAUUUUAUGGGUGCGAUUGGAUCCGGAACCGGUAUUCUGCUGGCCGUGACUAUCAUCUAUCAGUACUUUGAGAUUUUCGUUAAGAAGCAGAGUGAAAUGGGCGGUAUGGGAACGAUGUUGUUCUAGAUAGGUUCGGCAAUUGUUUGCCAGUUAGGAAUCGUACUCAUCCAGUUAGUUUCGUGUGUAAUUUUUUUUACUUCGAGCGAACGAGGUUCACUGUUCAUCACCACCGCGUUCUGUUUUGUGCAAAGUAAUGCAAGUAAGGACAGUCAGGCUAUUUUCUGUUUGGUUUGUUUUGUUGUAGAACAAAGGCAGCAGGUUCAUUGACUAACUUAUUUUUUCACAGUCCCUCAUAUGAGUAAUAGGAAGUUGUGCGUAAUAGAGGAGUAAAAAAACUUUAGAAACUUAACGAACAGUAAUAAACAAUAGGCAGGAUGUCGCAAUGGCGGCAAAUAAAAGUAACAAAUAGGGGAAAAGGAAAAACAUUGAAGAGAUUUUAAGACUUUUCCUAUUACUAAGAUAAGAGAGCAUUUUGUGUUUUGUUCG